AUACACAUACAUACACACUGAGCAGAGAUCGCCCGUCGCCGAUUAGCCGACUGCCGAGCCCGGCGCAACAGGCAUACGCAGCGCACGAGAGCACGACUUGUAUGUAUGUAAGACAGUGCAUAGCAUAGUGCAUACACACAGACGGCGCAGCAGCACGUCGCGAGAGUGAGUUAGUCGCCUGUACGUGCAAAGUGCAAAAUGGCCAAAUGUCAGCAGCGGCAGCAGCAGCCACAGCAGGCCGCCGAACGGUAGCAGCCCGAGCGACCAAAGUCUCGACCAGCAACGCAAUUAGCUCCUGAGAGCCCACGGCCCGCAGGUGCCAAAGACGUCGCCGAGUACGAUAUAGCCAACAGCUGAGAGUCCUGUGUAUAGGCUCUCUUAGAGCGGAGCCAACCACGGCCGCAGUGCAGUUCGUGUCGUCGACCACUCGACGUCGGAAUACAUAAUCUCGCUGCGUGGCCGAUUGGCCAAUGUCCUCUCGACUACUUGUCACAGCAGCUCUCCUACGAGAGGCCGCGAGUGUGUCGCUCCAAUCGAGUUUCCUCAAAGUGCCUGCCAAAAUUUUCAACGAGUGCUCCUUUUAACGCGCGCCAACCGAGUGCCUUACAGAUAUAUAACUGGCGCGUAGCGGAUGUACACGCACGAAUUCGUGUCAAGAGAUCGUGCGGAGCAUCUACUGGUGCCUCAAGACCAGCUGAACGAGAAAAAAAGUGCCUUGUGUCGAGUGCAGCCAGCAGUUUUGGAGCCGCGUGGCCUCCUGAUUUAGACGAAACCUCGUCCUCGUAUCUGCUGCCGAUGUUCGUAUUAGCAGGCUACAUGCAUAAGUGCCACUUCAUCAACCUGUUUAUCUAUCCAUGAAUUGUCAUCAUGAAGGAUGUACAUUUUAUUAAACCACAAAGGGAUCAUUCGGGUGUAAAAUAUAAAUCUCCAUCAACCCUCUCUAUCUCAUUGAAGCAAAUACUAUCAGUAUCAGCAGGGCAAAACCUACUGAUCUAGUAUUUGCUUUUUGGAUGGAGAGCAUGGCUUCAGGUGCCUCCUCGUUGGACAGUGCUGAAAGUAGCGAACGAGACAGUGGUGGCUGUGACAGUGUUGGAAGUCCGGUCGGCGGUUCCGAGUGCCGAAACGACUACGAUGAUUUAAAAACGCAGUACCAGCUACUGAGGCAUAAGCACUCCGAUACCAUUAGACGAUGCGAGCAUACUAUGAAGGAAUUAGAGUACUACCGUAAUCAGCACAUAGCAGCGAUGUCACAUCAGAGCUCGGACCCUAGUAGCGUCGUCGAUCAAGCGUCAUCACCGUCCGAGCAACAGCAGCAGCAACAACAACAGCAGCAGCAGCAGCAGCAGCAACCACAAGACAUCCCCGAAUUGGACUUGAGCGACGCAGCCCAGUCGGCCUCCGAGACCAUGAAUCAACAUUACAUUAAUGCCCUGAGAAAAUACGAGGCCGUCAAAGAUGAAUACGACUCGCUGAGGAAACGCUACGAUGACCUCAAAGCGUCGCAUGCCUCAGCUGUCAAUAAGCUUGAACUCGCCCAAGAAGAGAUAGCCCGGCUGAAGAAGCUCUACGACGAAGUCCUCACAGAGUGCAAUUCUACGGUGCGCGAGCGUAACGGUUUGAAGCAACAGUGCACAGCGGCUAUACGGCAAUGGGACAUAGCCCUGAGGGAGCGCAACGAGUACCGGGAGGUACUUGCCAAGGUGUCCCAGCAGCACGAGGAGGCCGUCAAGGAGAUUAAUCAGGCUAUGGUCGGUCGCAUGAAGGCCAGCAAAGACAUCAAGCGCUUGACCGAGGAGAGAAAUGCCGCCUUGCACGAGUAUAGUCUGAUUAUGAGCGAGAGAGACACGGUUCACCAUGAGAUGGAAACUAUGAGCAAUGACUUGAGCCAAGCUUACGCCAAAGUCACCCACGUAGAGAGCGAAAACAAAAAGCUCACCGAAGAGAAAAAAGCCCUGUCAUAUCAAAUCGAGACUUUAAGGCGGGAAAUAUCGUCAGCGUUACACGACCGUGACGAGGCUCUCAAGGAGUGCAACGAGCUGCGCCAGAGAUUCGGCGAGACCUAUUCCGAGGCUUUGAAUCGCGAGCGCAAAAAUCGUCUCGAGCUGCGCUCUUACAGUACCGAGCGAGACGUCACGAGCAAAGAGUCGGAGAAGGCUAGCAGCCCGAGAGACUACAAGCGCGCGAAAGAGCGACUCGACGACUUGGACCAGGCCAACAUCGAGCUCGACAAUCUAAGAAAAUUAGCCGAUAAGUUGCACACGGAGAUGGAAGAAGCCCUUCAAGAGGCUGAAGUAUCGAAACGAAGACGUGACUGGGCAUUCAGCGAGAGAGACAAAAUCGUUCUAGAACGCGAAAGUAUCCGCUCGCUCUGCGAUCGACUGAGAAAGGAGCGAGACCGCGCAGUAUCCGAGCUCGCCAAAGCCAUUUGCGACUCUGACGAUAUCAAGAAGCAGCGCAACGAAGCUUCCAAGGAGCUCAAAGACCUCAAAGAAAAAAUUGAGUCGGGCGAUCACAGCCUGCGAUCUGGCCAGUACCACGACACCGACGACGAGUGGGACUUGGUUCAGGUGCACCUCGAUCUUAGUCACCUCGAGGAGCGGGACCUGGGUGUUAUGCUAGUGGCUGCUCACGACAACGCAUACUCGCAUUAUCCCGACGACAACGGAAUAUACGUGUCACAGAUUGCCCAGGGCAGUCCUGUAGAGAAUAUAUUACGCGUCAACGACUGCAUUGUACGAGUCAACAAUAUUGACGUUUCAUCGACCUCGUCGCGAAUGCUUAUGGACACAUUGAAGUCGUGCAACGCAGGAUCCGCAGUUUUGACCAUUCGAAGAAGAAGACUCGGAAGAAGAUCGCUGAGGACAACUCAGUUGCCCGUCGGAUCUUUGCCACAUGGAAUAACAUUGGAACUUGGAAUUUACAUAUCGAAAAUUUCACCUGGCUGCUCUGCCGCGAAAGAUGGAUGUCUAGCCGUUGGUGAUAGAGUUUUAAGUAUCAAUGGUAAAUCUAUGGAAGGAGUAUCUACGGCUCACGAGGCUAUGUCAAUAUUGAAUGAUAAUUCCGUGGACGUCAUUACCAUAACGACAUUGAAGGGUAUUCCAUUAACAGCCGGCUCGAGCGCCGACGCGCUACCGAUUGACAGCAGCAGCUUCAGUCCCGAGAAGCAGAAGAUGGUCAACAGCUGUUCGCAAACCGAGCAAGAGCGCAUGAUGAUGAAAGCGACCUCGGACGAUUACGAUCGUCGUUACAUGGCUGCAAAUUUUAGCGCUGACCGCAGCGUCUAUAAAGUUUCCAAGUCCAUGAGCAACGAAAAGGCAAGCGGUAUCAGCAAUGUCUGGGAUAAUUUCCGCGAUAAAAUAGAUAUCGUGCGCGGACGUAGACAUAGCAAAGAUCGCGACGAAAAGAAAAAACGUCAUCGCAACUCGAGCCCCAAUACAUCGGAGCAGGAGCAAGACGCAAUCGCCAAGUUGGAUUCAGUUAUUGAGAGUUACAAGAAAGUCACAAACGGUAGCAGUGGAGUACUGAAGCGUAGCAAGAGGCGAGGAGCUAACGGUUUGAGCACCGUCGGGCCUGGAAGCGGCAUAUCAGGCACAUCUGGCAUCAGCAGUAGCGACAAAUCUGCAGCCGCUGACAAGAAUGGAGGUACGUGGCCAAAGGCGCGAAUUGGCCCUAUCAUACAAAAUGGCACUGGCACGAUUAUACAUCCGCGCAAAACCAAGGAACGCUUGCCCAUCAGCGCACUUUUGACCGGUCCACCAAAAUACGAUGCACCUCCUCCCGCGCCAAUCGGGUACCCAUACAAUCGCAUCUCACAACCUGUGCCGUACGCGAAUUUCGGCCCUUUACCGAUGAGCUCGAACAAUCGUCACACGGUAUAUAGAGCAUUAGAAAACUCGGCGGCAGGGGCUAAUUACAAGGCCACCUUACUACACGCGGCACCUAAAUCAUUCGUUCCGGCUACGUUGAAAGAUUUCUCCGCGCCAGAUCCACCCAUGAGUGUAUCGAUGAUGUCCCCGGAUGCGAACACUAUGGAGCUGCCGAUGAAGUCGUUGGAUUACUACAAAAGCAAACGUUUGAUGUCAAGCAAUUCACCGAUGAGCAAGUACACUCCGCUGGAGGACUCGUUGCAUCACAGUCGGGUGCACUCUCAAAUCUACUCGCCGGUCGGAACAACUCCGCUUCCGAGACCGUCAAAUUACAACUAUCAUCCGCCUUACGCGUCGCCACCACAUCCACAUCUUCAAUCGACGCACCACUUUUCUCCUCAACAGCAUCAUCCGGCAAGUUCGUCGUCGCGCUAUCCUUCGCCACCUUGCUUACCGAGCGCUCAGUCCGGUGAAUCGAUCGGGCUGCCCGAUCUUCGCUCGUACAGCUUUGAGCCCCCUUAUAGUCCACAGCCACCAUCGUCGUUCGCACACUUACACACACCCUCUGUCGAUGUUCAUCACUAUCAUAAGCCUAGAGCUGCGCACCCGAGCAUGUCGUACGUAGAUGUACCACCGUACGUGGCGCAAACCAACUACGAGGGUGGGACGUUCCCGCGCAAAAAGGAGAGCCAGCGAUUUCGCAUACCCAGUAAUCCAAGCGUCACUUCAAAAAGCAGUAUUGGUAAACUGUCAUCGGGUAGUAUAGAAAAAACGUCGGAGCGGGGAAGUCCGAUGCCAUCUUUUCAGAUCGAAAUACUAAAUAAACUCGAGGAUGAGGGUUCAGCGGGCGAAGGAGAGGAGGGCGAGCGAGAGAUCAUCAGCGGGCCCAUCAGUGCCAAUGCGGAUUACGAUUUUUCGUCGAAGCCUGCUCAUCGUCAGGUGAGAAGGAUAACGCUCGAUAAAAAUCAGCAACCGCUUGGCAUACAGAUAUCCUGUCUCAAAGCGGGCGGCGUUUUCGUUAGUACCGUCACUGAGCACAGUCUCGCGAGUCAAAUAGGACUGCAAAUUGGCGAUCAGCUGCUUGAUGUUUGUGGUAUAAAUAUGAGGACAUGCAGUUCGUACCAGGUUGCUGCUAAUAUCUUGAGGCAGUGUGGUAAUUCGUUCACAAUGCUUGUGCAGUACAGCCCAGAAAGUCCAGAGUACAGCGAGUUGGACGGAAACGGUUCUUCGAGCGAUGUCGAGGAAAACGAGAAAGAAGCAAGUCAUAGUGGAUCGUUGACUCCUUGCAAUAGUCCAGAAGCAACGCGCAAAAACGGUGCAAUCGUCGAAGAAAAUUCCGAGCCAGAACGUGACACAGAGAUACCAACUAUACCUCAAAUACGUGCUCCAAAGGAACGCGAAAGAGACCGCGAGAGGGAACGAGAUUUACGAGCGUCGGCUUCAGUCGAAGUGCGAGGGACAGAAACAACGAGGGAACGAGAAAUCCGAAAUUCGGCGUCGCUGGACAUCAACAUUAGGAAGCCAGAAUUAAGAACAAGUAUCACUCUCGAUGGCAUAAGAAAUAGCUUAAUCGGCACCGGUACUCUAACUCGUGGCCAACUGAGUCAAGGCGGCACUUCGACCCUUCAACGUCAGAACGCAACCGUUCGAAGUCCGACGCAGGAAGAACAGAAGAGAUCGACACCGCCGAACGAGCCUCGUUACCUCUUUAUAGAGACGCGUAAAUGCUCGAACCUCGGCAUCGCUCUCGUGGGUGGAAAUGGGGUCGGUAUAUUCGUUCAUACCGUACAGCCAGGCUCGUUGGCCGAGGAAGCAGGACUCUUCUCGGGUGACCGAAUUCUCGAGUACAACGGAGUGGAUCUGCGACAGGCUACAGCAGAGCAGGCUGCCCUGGAACUAGCCCGACCAGCCGACAAAGUAACGUUGAUUGCCCAUUAUCUGCCCGACAGAUAUCACGAGGUAAAAGACAAACCCGGCGAUAGCUUUUACGUCAAAGCUAUGUUCGACCGAAUCGGUGAAAUGCCCGAUGCAUUGCAAUUGAAAUUCAACAAGGACGACAUUCUGUAUGUCGAUAACACCAUGUUCAACGGAACGCCUGGUCAUUGGAGAGCUUGGCUCAUUGACUCUGGAGGCAGAAGAAUGACAUGUGGAAUUAUUCCGAGUAAAUUCAAGAUCGAAGAAGAACUGCUGCUUCGACGAUCAUUGGGUGAUUUGGAAUCGGACAGUGGUGGAAGUAGAAGAGGUACUACAAGUGCUAGGCGCAGUUUCUUCAGGCGGAAGAAGCAUCAACGUUCUUCUAGCAGAGAUAGCAAAGAACUUUCACAGCUCACUGGAAUCAAUAUGGGCUGGUAUAGUGACAGUGGAUCACUCAACGAAGAGAAUAUGCCUCUAAGCUAUCAACGCGUUGAGCGAUUGGACUAUCCUACUUUAAGACCAGUACUCAUCAUUGGUCCAUUGAAUGAGUGCGUGACAACAAAGCUUUUACAAGAGUUUUCAGGUUUGUUCACAAAAUGCAUACCUGAAGCGAUGCAUUGUUCACAAGCAACGCUCGAACAAGGAUUAAGAGACUCGUUGUACGUUGACUACCGCAAAAAAGGCAGCUACUUCGAAUGCACUACUGUACAAGCAGUCAAAAAUAUAUGUGAACAAAAUUCUCAUUGCAUUUUGGAUAUAUCUCUGGCAUCGUUAGAAAGAUUACAUAGACAUCAGAUAUACCCGAUAGUAAUUCUUAUCAAAUUCAAGAGCACUAAACAGAUAAAGGAAGUAAAAGAUUCACGUUAUCCUUCAGACAAAGUUAGUGCAAAAGCAGCCAAAGAAAUGUACGAGCAGUCAUUAAAAAUGGAAUCGGAAUUCCGACAAUUUAUAAAUGUGGUUAUACCAGCUGGAGUAAAUAUAGCUUAUAUUUGUACUCAAGUUAAAACCUCUGUCGAAGAGGAGCAAAACAAAGCAUUGUGGGUGCCUCGUGGAUUCGCCUGACACUCGAGGGGGGGUUCCCAUAAGCCGCAAUGGAAAUCAAUUUAAAUUCCAUUAGGGGACCCUAACGACGUGUUUCAAACACUAAUGCAACAUUUUAGUUUGUUGAUAUAUCAAGUGUUUAUGGUCUCUUAAUUGUUAUAAAGUUUUUUUAUUUAUCGUUUCGAGUUAGCUUGUUCUUCUCUGUCUCGAAAUCUGUCUUGGUACCUUGAAAGCUUGUUCUAGUUGAAAUUGAAUAAAAUACAUUUGUUAUUUUUGGAAAACUGAUAAAUUGCCACCUUUACAUUGUUAAAAGGCAAUUUAUAAGACAAGCAAAACGAUAAGAGACCGUUAUACGUCGCAUAUUGGUUCAAACCAUAUUUUUUUAUUGUAACACUGGAAUGAAAUUGAUUUACGUUGUGACUUUAUAACUUAGUUCCUGUAAAUAGUACGUAUCGGUAAGAAGAGUAUACGGAAUGUUGUAUCUUUUUAAGUCUUUGUUUUCAAUUCUCAAUAUUUUUCAGGAAUUUAAAAAAUUGUUUUGGAAAAAUGUUGUGAUUGAAUGAAAUUGUAAGAUUUAUAUAAUGCAAAAGAAUUAAUUGUUGUCGUUGCAAGUUGAUUCUGGAAUAGUGGACUUUUAUUGAUUUACUAAGGAAAAAUCAAUAAAUUUCAUAAAAGUAUAAUAUUCAUGAAUAUAUUCAUAAUAUUACACAAUUUAGAAAUUUAUAAUUGUUUUCCAGGUUCUACCAUGAAAAAGUAUUUAUGCGUACAAUUUUUUAGAUGUUAUUUCCUAUCGUUACGUGUAAAAAUAUUUUAUCAUGAAAUUUUUAAUAUAUGAAUUUUUAUUACGCAUAAAAAAGCAAAUUUAUACAAAAUAUUAUGCGUAAUACAAAAUAUUCUAAUCGAGCUUAAAAAAAUUCAUAACUAAAUAAGUACAAGUUAUAGUUCGGAAAAACCUUAGUCUUUCGUUACCGUACUUUACGUUCGGUACUUGUUAUUAUGUAGAAUUAUGUUUUUAAAAAAAAUUUCAGUCUGCAAAAUGCCGUUACAAUGUUAACGAAUUUUAUUGUACAUUAUUUUAUACUUGAUAAAAAUUUCGUCAAAGCGCAUUUCUUUUUUAUCAACGUAUUAUUAAUUAUUUGUAUUUUCUAUAUCAUCUUUAAUGGGAUUCACCAUUGCAAUUUUCUUAGAAUAAUCAAUUAUCGUGAUUUAAUUUAUUUGUAAGAAUCUAAACGAAUGAUUAUAUUUAAUAGGAUAUUUUAAUUUUAUUUCAAUAAGACAAUAUUUUGGCGUACAUUGUUAUUACAAGAAAUUCGUAGUGGAAAUUAUAAGAAUGGUGUGGGAAACAGAUUUCAAUAAUUAUUAUCAAUUUUAAUCCAUAAAAUAUUUAUAAUGUUUUGCGCCUUGUGUAAUUUUAUUCCAUAAAUUACGACCGAUGUCGGAGUCAAUAAUGUACGGUUGUACUUUAUUUCGUAAAGUAAAGCUAGAUAUAUUAAUUCUCAUAAAUAUUCGAUCACAUCUGUGAUAAAGUAUUUAAUUUUACAUGCGUUAACAAAUUUUGUAUAUUUAUUGUCAAAGACGCAAUAAAUCUUAAAUAAACAUGAUUUUUCAGCAAUA